UAAAAGCAAUAAAAAAAAAGAAAAUAAAAACCACGCGCUACUCCGUCUCCAACUCGCCAAGACGAGAGAUCUCAUCUGAAGCGAGAGAGCGGACACAACCAGGAAGAAGAAGAAGAAACAGAGAGAGGGCAAGAUGAUGUCCGGAAAUUAUACCACCAUUGACAACCAAAACGUCUCCGGAUCUGUUCCUGCUGCGGUUCCAGAUCCAGGCCACCUCACCGUGAAAUUCCAAGAUUCAACCCUUGAGACAUUUCCUCCAUCCGAGACACAAGGGAAGAUCGCUCGUGGUGCCCUCCCUCCUAGUGAUGCUGAUGACACAUUUUCUAAACCUGUAUCUGGUUCUGAUGAACCCCAGCAAGGUGGUUGGCUACGGAUAUUCUCUGUAGCUUCUUACAAGCAAUACUUUGAUGUUGACACAUCAGAUGUUCUAGAGAGGAUUAAAGAUUCACUCCUUCCAUUCAGUGGAACCUUCAAUGAGAAAACAUCAAACAGCCCUGAUUUGUAUGGACCUUUCUGGAUAUGCACUACCCUUAUAUUUGUAGCAGCUGCCAUUGGCACUUUUGUGACAUAUGUAGCACACAAGAUCAAGAGUAAAGAUUGGGAAUAUGACAUUAAUGUGGUCCAGUGGUCUGCAGGAUUGUUCUAUGGCUAUGUCACUUUUGUUCCUCUUGUACUGUAUGUAAUUCUCAAAUACUUCUCGGCACCAUCAGGUCUCGUUCAGCUGUUUUGUCUCUAUGGCUACUCCCUGUUUGUCUUCAUUCCAGCAUUGUGCCUCUCAGUUGUGCCUUUGGAAAUUUUUAGAUGGGUAAUUGCAGGCGUAGCUGGGGUUAUGUCUGCCACCUUUGUCGCAGUUAACCUUCGCGCCCACAUCGUAUCAGCAGGUGAAAGGUGGUUCUUGAUUGUAGCCGGGAUCUUUCUACUGCAGUUGGCUCUGUCUGUCGUCCUAAAACUCUACUUGUUCACCGUCACAGUGUAAGAUUUAAACCGUGCUUUCGUAAAGAGGCAUAAACAAAAGGUUGUAGAUUACACAGUGAGGUGCUUUUGGUCCAUUGACUUGUUACUGUUAGCUGAAAUAUAGUUGAACUGAAGAAACAUCUUGUAUUCAUUCUUUCCGGCAAUACAAAUUCGUAUGUAUCAGCGUA